AUGCCAAGCCUUAGCAAUCUCAAGGACUUCGUGUCGGUACCUCCCUGGGAGCUUCGGGAUUGGCUUCUCAUUACCGAGGAGGAGGCUACAGAGCUCUUGUCCCUGGCUUGGGCUGCGACGGCCGCUCCAGCCAUCUCUGCCUGGGACCUGGCUGCUGACAAUGAGGCAGUUGUGCGGCCUCGGCCCUGUCCUUUGCCAUCCCUGAGCCUUGCACUGGGUGCGGGGGGGCUCUCUGCGGCGCUGGUGGAGGUCGCUGGGCCACCCGGUGUCGGCAAGACGCAGUUUUGCCUGCAUGCUGCAGCUUUGAUCGCUGCCUGCGGCCAUGAUGUGUUCUGGAUUGACACGGAACGGACUUUCUCUGCGCAGAGAGUGCAUGAAAUGUUGGAGGUACAGCUCAGUGCUUCAGCUCGACCACAAGAGGCCGCAGCUCAAGCUACGCAAGCAAUGCAACGAAUUAAGCACCGUGCCUGCAGCUCGCUCCAAGAGUUGCAUGACUUUUGCUCGGAGUUGGCCGGGCGAGCUUUGCGGGGCGCUCCUCUACCCGGUCUGCUGGUCAUCGACAGCGUUGCGGCCGUGGCCCGUGUGGAUGGCUCGGGGGACCGACGGGUGCAGAUACCCCGUCGGCAGGCUCUCUUGAGCAGCUUGGCGAGCCAGCUCAAGGUCCUGGUUGCAAGGCCCCGCCAACGGAGGUUGCAGGAGCCACCGGGAGCCAUAUCCCCGGGUGUCGUCGUGACCAACCAAGUCAUGGGAGACCCCUCCGCAGGAAUUAGUCGAGUUACUCUCGGCCACGUUUGGCAUCAUUCCGUCAACUGGCGGCUGGUCCUUAGUCAUUUACCGCCAGGAUCUGCUGGAGGUCCUGGAAGCAAGGAGCAGGCAGAUCCCUUUGGUCGUCGGUACUUGUUUGUCGAGAAGAGCCCGUGCUUCAAAUCAAUGGCCGUCCAGCAACGGCCCUGA